AUGGCGCCACAGGCCACAGAUUGGACAAGUCCACACCACAGUGGCACCGGCAUCCGGGAUCUUCCUGAUGCUCCCAGGAGCGCGCUGCUGAGGACGCUCCGUGUGCUUCCUCAGGGCACCGGGCUGACCUCGGUGCGCACGGCACUCCGUGCGACGUCGUCUCGGCCUGGGGCCCCCCCCCCCCCCCCCGGGCACCCCUGCUCCCGAGACUUGUACCGAAGAGACGAGACCAUCCAGGUGACGGGAAAUGGCCACGUCCAGAGCCCCCGCUUCCCCAACAGCUACCCCAGGAACCUGCUCCUCACGUGGCGCCUGCUCUCCCGGGAGAAGACGAGGAUACAGCUGGCCUUCGACAACCAGUUUGGAUUAGAGGAAGCGGAAAACGAUAUCUGCAGGUAUGAUUUCGUGGAGGUUGAAGACGUGUCUGAGACCAGUACCAUAAUCAGAGGGCGGUGGUGCGGGCACAGGGACGUCCCUCCCCGGAUAACCUCAAGGACAAACCACAUUAAAAUAACAUUCAAGUCUGAUGACUACUUCGUGGCUAAACCUGGAUUCAAGAUUUAUUAUUCUUUUGUGGAAGACUUCCAACCCGCAGCAGCCUCGGAGACCAACUGGGAGUCAGUCACUAGCUCUGUCUCAGGGGUCCCCUAUCACUCUCCAUCAGUAACGGACCCCACGCUCACGGCAGACGCUCUGGACAAAACAGUCUCAGAAUUCGAUACCGUGGAAGAUCUGCUCAAGCACUUCAAUCCAGAAUCAUGGCAAGAAGACCUCGAGAAUCUAUACCUGGACACCCCUCAUCAUCGAGGAAGGUCGUACCAUGACAGGAAGUCCAAAGUUGACCUGGACAGGCUCAACGACGACGUCAAGCGCUACAGCUGCACCCCCAGGAACUACUCCGUCAACCUGCGAGAGGAGCUGAAGGUGACCAACGUGGUUUUCUUCCCCCGCUGCCUCCUCGUGCAGCGCUGUGGCGGCAACUGUGGCUGCGGGUCUGCCAGCUGGAAGUCCUGCUCGUGCAGCUCAGGGAAAACCGUGAAGAAGUAUCACGAGGUGUUACAGUUCGAGCCCGGCCACCUCCGGAGGAGGGCCAGGGCGAAGCGCAUGGCUCUCGUCGACAUCCAGCUGGAUCACCACGAGCGCUGCGACUGCAUCUGCAGCGGGAGGCCUCCGCGGUAGGAGGCCGCGCACACGCCCCGCGCCCCGAGCGGGCCCCUCGCUCCCGGACGGUGUGGCAAGAGACCCUGUGGCAGCCGCAGCGAACCCCGAGG